AUGUACCCCACAAAUGAUUUCAAAACUCUUAAUGUGUUUAUCCCAAACAGCCCAAGCAAUCUGAAAUCUGAGUUAAGUGAACAACUCAAAUUUAUGGAAAACCACCAAGACAUCAGGCAGUUCAGAAUACUGCUUCAUGGACCAGUCGGAGCUGGGAAGUCCAGCUUUUUAAACUCAGUGAGGAGUGCAUACAAGGGCAUUAUUGCAUUCGGGGCAGCAGAGGGGACAUCUGCUGGAGAGAGCUACACAAAAAGAUACAAAACUUACAAAAUCAUUGACAAAGAUUCUGUCACCUUGCCAUUUGUCUUCAGUGAUGUUAUGGGUCUGGGAGAUAAUAAGGAAGACGGAAUUCAUCCUGAUGACAUCAUUAAUGUGCUGCAUGGCCGUGUCAAAGAAGGCUAUAAAGUAAGAAAGACAAUGAACAUGUCUUAAUUCAAGAUCAUCUGUUUUUUACUCAUAAUAUAUUCAGUAAAUUAUCUACAACUACAGAUGCCACAUGAUCAGAUG